AACGUGACAUGUGUGUACCUGUGUAGUCUGUUUUAAUGUUUUGGCUUCUUAGUAUUAAUUAUUGUUUUCGCAACUUCUUUAUUAAAAUUAGAAGUGUUUAGUGUUUCUCAAUAAUACGCAUUUCAAAUUAAAUAUAAAUGUUCCAUAGCCUUUACACAACACUCUUGUGAUUCUUAAAAACCGUUGACGAAAUCAAACAAAAAAAAGUCUCUAUUCAGCAAGAAAAGGACAAAUUCUUGAAGAUGCCUGCAGCUAGCUUUGGUUCACUUUCGCAACUACCAGGAGCGGAGAACUGCGGUAUUAAAGAUGUAUGGAACCACAAUUUACAUGAGGAGUUUCAAAUAAUACGACAAAUUGUUCAAAAAUAUCACUGGGUUGCUAUGGACACAGAGUUUCCAGGGGUUGUGGCCAGACCUAUUGGGGAAUUUCGAUCAACUGCAGAUUACCAGUAUCAGUUAUUAAGAUGUAAUGUUGAUUUGCUGAGAAUUAUCCAACUUGGCCUAACAUUCAUGGAUGAAAAUGGAAAAACUCCUCCUGGUUACACAACAUGGCAAUUUAAUUUUAAGUUCAACCUACAGGAGGACAUGUAUGCUCAAGAUUCGAUUGAUUUGCUCCAAAAUUCAGGUCUUCAGUUUAGAAAACAUGAAGAAGAUGGAAUCGAGCCAUUAGAGUUUGCUGAACUACUUAUGACAUCAGGUCUUGUGCUAAUGGAUAACAUCAAAUGGCUCAGUUUUCAUUCUGGAUAUGAUUUUGGAUACUUGCUGAAGUUACUCACAGAUCAAAACCUGCCGCAGGACGAAAAUGACUUUUUUGAAAGUCUAAGGCUAUAUUUUCCAACUGUCUAUGAUGUCAAAUACUUGAUGAAAUUGUGCAAAAACUUGAAAGGAGGUUUACAAGAAGUAGCCGAUCAGCUGGAGUUACGAAGGGUUGGGCCGCAGCAUCAGGCAGGAUCUGACUCGCAUUUAACUGGAAUGGCUUUUUUCAAGAUAAAGGAAAUAUUCUUUGAUGACAACAUUGAGAGUUCCAGUGGUCAUUUAUAUGGCUUAGGAGCUCCGUUUUCAGUUAAUUCCAACAACUUCCAAGAUAACGGUGAGAACGGAAACUCCUCUUGAUCCGGAGAUUCUGUUAUAACGAAUGUAACACCGCAACCCAAUGUGUUCCAUCUUACAGAGUAACAAAAGAUAUGGGUAUGCGUAAUUGGGCUAACUCACUUGAUUGAACUGUAUCGGCAUUGUUGGACGGAGUCACGUAAUCGAGAUUCAGAAUAAGAAUCAAAGUCGACUUAUUGACGCUAAGUACAUCAAACGUAUGAAUUCUAAUACGUUUUUUAUAUACAUCAUACUAAGCGCUACGUAUUAUCUUUAAGACAUGCUUCAAUUCGGUUCAGUUUAGAUUUUUGAAAAUUGUGUUUAAAAAUGUAACUUUUAUACCUGGAGCCAGAGUCUAAAGUUACUCAGCGGUAGUGACCCACGUAACGUCAAAUUAAUUUGUUGAAAGUGGAAACGACCUAAAGAAUUUUUAUAUUUUUUUUUUAAUAAUAUUAACCAUCCCUCAGUAUCUAUGGCUUUGAGGAUUAAUCACAUUCAUACGUCAACUGUCAUCUGUCAACAAUGAUUUAGCUCAUUGCGCGGCGCAGUACGCUGAGUGAGUUAGCGUAAGAGUUACCCAUAUACAAGAAAAAUCAUGUAUAUAAAUAAACUUAAAUAAAUUGACGGAAAACAACAAUAUAAUAGUGUGAUUAUAACUUUGGUUUUAGCGCUCAUGUAAGUUUCAGACAUGUUUGUAUUUCACGUGUAAAGAAUUUGUGUUAAGUAAUAAUUUUUAUUAAGCUUUACAUGCUGUAUUUUAUAUUCAUUGUAUAUUAUUGAAAAAUAUAAGUUGGAUGUAUAAUAUGAAUUUUAAAAGAUCCAAUAAAAUGUGUAAUAAGUUUUCAAAAUAUCAUCAUUUUAAAAAUUAAUAUGUACAAAAUAUAAGAUAAAGAUUUGUUUAGUAUAGUUUUCAUUAACCACUCGUAUAAGGAAACAUAAGGGAGUAUUAAAUAAUAGGCAAAAAUUUAUGUUUUUUAUAGUCUACUGGUAAACUGUCACUUUUCACAGAUAACAAACAUUUAUAAUAUUUUAUUUUACAACUAAUUUUUAACACAUAUAAGUCACUUUUGCACAAGCCAUUGCAUGGUGAAAACUACGAAUACGACAUUAAAAUCUUUUUCUCAUAGGACAAUGUAGUGAUGAGUUGACUGCAAAUGCAUUUUGGCCCUCACUCAUCUCGCUGGCCUAUUACAAUUCUAUCUAUCAUCUAAAUAUCAAAUCUAUGUCAAAUAAAUACUUCAAUGGGCAGGUGGUUCCACAUAA